GGGUUAAGUUUUUGUCUGUCAUUUGAUGAGUUGUGGACAAGUAUCCUUUUUGCCUGUGUCGUGCCUUUGGCAACUAUGUGUUGUGUGCACUUAUGUUUUUCCCAUGGUGCUUACCAUAUGAUUAGACCCCAUUUCGACUUUUGUAUCUUAUUUAGAUUCAUUUAGGUUUAAUUUGCUUUUGUCUACCAAUGUUUCUGCCCAAGCUGCAGUGAGAAAUUCUUUUCAUUGAUAAAGGCUAACAUAGUGCAAACUCUCCAAAGGUCCUCAAGCAGAUAUCAUUUAUUGAUUUCAAGAUCUUGAAUUAUAAGGUGUGGCAGAUUAACAGUAAACACAAACUUUCACCUUAUCCAUCCUCAUCCUAAGACUUUCCUUCCUCUUCCUCUUUUUUAUUCCCUUUCUCUGUUCCCCAUCCAUUCCUUUCUCUUUCUCUUCCACUUUCUGCCCCUCAUAUCUAUCAAAGAUACAUGCCUGCACAGAUGAAGUAAAUAAGCAUAGCCGCUUGCACAGUUUCAGACAUAGGAGCUUACAAUCAACAGGGACAUGGAUGUGCAGUCACACACCCAUAGAAAACUCAAUCACUUAUAGACACCAUUACACAUAAAUAGAACACGGGAUCCCUUAUAGAGACACCAAACACUCAAAGCAUACAAAUAGGUGACUGAAUUUGGAAGAUAGGGUAUGAUAGAAAGGUGGUUACGAGAAUAGGAAGGUUGGGGGUGAGGAUAAUUAGAAAUUGUCGAUGCUCCAGUCUUACUUUUCCUUUUUUUUUUUUUUGUGGAGCCAGUGGAGUAGAUCUUUUACUACAAAGCAGAAAGUGCUUCAUUGCUUUUUUUCUUCUUUGCAAUGCAUGUGAUUAAUACAUUUAACAAAUUAACUCCAUUUGAAUCUUCUGCCAUAGGUUGUGGUUAAUUUCAAAAGUCUGAGAUACUGGUGGUAUUGUGGCAGAAAAAGAAUGCUGGGGAAUGCUAAUAUAAUUAAGUCUUUGCUAUUUGGUUUUAUGAUGUCAUCAAAUGGAUGAGAAGGAGCUGUUUCCACCCACAUGAGAAGCUAAAGGAAUAACAUCUGAACACAACUUCUUUGAUAGUUUAAAAGUUUGAUUUUCUUUUAGUUUUUGAGGUCAAUGUUUCCAGGACCUGUGUAAAUGUAGGUUUGAAAGAUGCAAUAAUCAAACUAGUGUUCUCUAAGUGAUAAUUUGAGUUUUCCCUGACAGUUCAAGGAUGCUUGCUCUUGGAAAAUUGUGAAAGAAAUGAACUGUAUUGAUAGGAAAUGGAAAAAACAAUAAAAUAUGUAGAGCAGGGUACAAGACCAAUUUAGAAAAAUGUUCAUUCUUGGUUGAAUUCUUUUUACCAUUAUGGUUGUCCUUAUUAAAUUUUCGACUUGUUGUCAGAGGCAUUGUUUUCUUUUUAUGUACUCACCAAAAAGUUUGAGAAAGAAAGAAGUACCAUGUUAGGUAAUUAUUUUGUGUGGACUUUAUUUAAGAUAUAACUUCCUUAGUUUUUUAUAAAUUAUUUUUCCUUAAACAGUAACUGUUUAUGAAAACUAAUUUUUCGAAGAUGUACUUUGCUGUUUUGCUUUCAGAACUUAACACUAAAAGGCAACCCAAUCUUCUCUGCUGGCAAUCAUGAACUCCAGUUUCCAUUUUGUGCUACAUGGCAUUGAUAUUCUUUUGACUAAUCACCUCUGGAUCUGCGUGUUUUAGUUCUUUGCAUGCAAAUGAUAACGUAGUGAUUUCCUUGUGAAAUUGUGAUUGUUGAUUGUGUAACAAUGCUAUCAUGAGAAUUCUUUGUGUUCUGUUACAUCACUUAGUUGGAGAGUGUGAUGCGGCACCCCCUUAAUGACCAGAAGGAAUAGCCCUUGAGGAUCUUUAGGAACCUAAGACCAAUGAUCUUUAGGAUCUUUACAAGUUAAAGGAAAGUGUUAUUGGUACUUGAUGGUAUUAAAAGCCUGUUAUAUGAGUCUUAGUUUAUUUUGUUGAGUGGUAAUGUUAAGAAAACUAGUUCAUAUUUUAAAGUUCAUAUACUCUAUAGCUAGAGGCACAUGGAGUCAAGCUUUUAGUGUCGAAGAGCCAAAGUAGGAUCUCACUGUUCUUAGAAUGUACUUUCCUUCUUUUUAAACUUCCCUUAGCUACUAAGUGUGGUAAUCCCUAUUUAGUGUUCGACUCCAUAUUUUUUCUUCUGUAUGGAUGAUUUAUAGAGUCCCAUGUUCAAAUGGCAUGAAUAUUUUGCUCUGCUGUGCUGAGAUGUAUAUAUGUAUAGAAUAAUGAAAAUUCUUCCACUGUCUCCCUUUCUCAUUUUCUUUUUCUAGCAUCUCUAUUGCUUCCUUUUCCUAUCACUCUUUUUUGUUGUUGACUCCAUCGUGUUCACACUCAUUUUUGGUGAUGCAUCAAUGUGUCCAAAGCUUUGGUCCUUGAGUUAAAGAUCUUACAUUAAUGCUAAUAUUGUUAUCAAUCUGAUUUUCGACCACUUUCACACCAUAGGAAGCUCAAAAAUGAUUUGACUGAGUUGUAAAAGAAUAUUAAAAUCUAAUAAAAAAUUGUAUGGUAGGCUGAUUAUCAUGCAAGUGAUUUCUUGUGAGUGUCCUGAAAGCUUAAUGCUUUUCAUUUGUGUGACUUUGUGUUUGGUUCCAUUUGGGGAUGAAGUGAAAUUUUUGGAUGAUCAAGAUGUAAUUAAAGAAGACAAAAUGAAAUAAUUUGUUUGUCAUGUAUGAAAAUUAGAACAUGACAUGAUUCUUCGCCUAGCAUUUAGAGGAAUGAGGAUUUCUCCUUUCUGGUUGCUCCUUUUUCCUUCCCUAUAUUCAAGCUUGUUUAUGUACGUAUACUACAAGCUGCCUUGUGUGUAUAUACUUUUAUGAUGACAUCAAGUAUAUGGACCUACCAUGUUUUAGAGUUGAGUUCUCUCUAGCUCAUAACCUUUCUUUAGAAGUCAAAAGACAAUUGAAUUGCUGGAACAAAGAAAAGAAGAAGACACAACCUGGUGUCUGAAAAGAAGGAGAUUCUUUUGAAAAAUGAAAAGGAAAGAUAGAUGCUGUGACAAGGUUGUGCCAACACCGAAGAGAAAUAGGAAAUCCAAGUCCGAAGUAAAAGUGGAUGAGUUUCAGCGCCUCCCAGAUGAGCUGCUUCUCUCCAUCUUCACCAAGAUGCCAGAUUUCAAAUAUGUUUGUCAAUGCUCAUUAGUCUGCAAGCGCUUUGCAUCUGUGAUCACCCUUGUGCACAAUGUUACGGUGACUUUUAUUAGCAAAGAAUGUGAGGUAUCUGAAGAUCUCGCACACAUCCAGAAUGCUUUUGAUAAGAAAAUGUCCCCUCAAAACCAAAUAACUCCAAAAAUGGACAUAACAUGCUUGCGCCAGACACUGAAGUUUAUCAAUUGCCUCAGGAAAUUUAAAGAUCUAAAAUCUGUCCACAUCAAGUUCUCAUAUGUGGAAACAUCAUCAUCCACGCCGCUUGAGUGGAAGACAAAGUUUGGACCUGAACUGGAAUAUGUCGUGGCUCUUUUACCUACUUCAAUUGAGAAGAAAACCAAGCAGGAACUUAGUCAAGAUCAAGAAGUUGGAGAUGUUACAUGGAGUCUUACCGAAAGUGAGUUGGAGCAUAGUCUAUACAGGGCAUAUGGCUGUUGCCAAGAGACUGUUGUAAGACAAACUAUUCUAUAUAUGUUAGUUGAGCAUCACUCAAUGCUUCAUAGUGUGACAAUAACAGACUCUGAGAAACAGGGGCGGUUGUGCAUACAAGAUGAACAGCUUCUUGAGUUAAAAAAUAGCUUUAGAAAUAAAGACUUGGAGCAGAUAUUUGAAGAAGUCAAGAUACCUCAUAUAUUUAAGGUUGGCUAUGUGCCUGUUGUACGUUUGCCUGCAUUAGGAUACCUCUUGAAGGGUGUUAUUCUUUUGAUUUUCAAGCCUAAAGAAGAGCCCUCUGCAGGUGAUGAAGAUGUUGAUGACAACAGUGCUUUAUUGGCAUGGCAAUAUGAUGAUGAAGAGGUGUUUAGGGAAACUGUAAGAGAAAUGUUAGUGAACCACAAAGAAAGGAUGCACCUGGUUCCAAGAGCUGCUGAGGAUGCUGUAGCAUGAAAUCUCGCUGUAACCGUGAACUAGGCAUCCCCUCAUUCUGUUUUACUAUUGUUUUACUUCAUAGAGAAAAGAGAAAAUAUGCACCUCUUACUUGUAGUACACCCUUAUUAUUCUUGACCAAGUUGGAUAAUAUUUAAAGAUUGUUGUAAUUCUAUUUUUGAUGUCAGUAUAGCAUCUGAUAAGUUUAUACAAGUUCUACAAUUUGUUGCAAUGUGAAAGUGGAUAAAUUGCCUGAUU